UUAUAAUUAUGAAAAUUAAUAAGGAUUUUGCUCAUCAAAUUUGUACAUAAAAUACAAAAGAAAAUUAAUAUAUAAGCGCUACUUUGUAGAAUCUUCAAAGAGCAAAGAUGGAUAUUAUGGAAGAUGGGAAUUUAGUUGAUCGUGUAAGAAUUUUAUUGCAAAGAGAUAUGCAAUAUUACCAGGAAAUGCAAACUGUUCUGAGAGAACCUCUAUGUCUACGCAUCAGCGGCGGAAAGCUCGAUUUUCCAAGGCACGCCUCGUUUGCCGCGAUUAAAAUUGUUACGUGGUGGGAGGCGGAUUUCACAGCUGCUUUUAAGCGAGCUUCCGGUUUAACUUCUACUGAAAGCGUGUCCGGCACCGACAACGAAGAAGGUGUCAUUAAAAGGAUUAAACCGUCUGAUUUUAUCUUGCUCGUUGUUGAUACCGCUGAACAAUUACUAGAACACCUGCACAUGUUGAUUCAGGAAUCCUUAGAUCACGCUGAUCUCACUGUGCUCACCGCCACUUUAGGCGCAGCAGCAUUGAUACGAAAUUGCUUAUGGUGUUAUUGCCAGCACGCAAAAGGAACAAUCUCUUCUCAAUCAAGCGAAAAAAUUAAUAAAUCUUAUAAAGAAUUUCAUGAAAUGGCCGAAGCCGUGGCAGAAAGAUUGCUCGAUUUACACUGUCGAUUAAUUUCCUUGUAUAUUCUUAACGAAGCGGAUUCUCUCAGCUGGCACAAUAACAAACCGUUCUUUGAAAAAGAACGAUGUUCUUACGUUAUACAGAUGUGGUGGCUGUACAUGCAGGGUACUAAGGCGGAUUUAUGGAACACAGUCUCACCUAAGAUGGCACAACGUGUAUUUUCAGGAAUGCUAAAUGAAUCUCUAUCUAUUAUAACAACGCGAUUCAUUCAUGGUCGACCGACACUGGCGCGAACGGAACAAUUUUGGUCGGACGCCUUUAAUGUCCUUUGCUGUACAGGCUAUCUCGCUUUAGGAGCAUGCGUUGACAGCGACGAAAUGAUAGGCGCACGACCGAAUAAUUUGUCGACAGCUGUAAGAGAUAUACACGCAAAAUGUAACGAGCUGUUAAUCUGCUUGCUGCUUAGAGGCACCCCUCUCAAAGAAUUAUAUCAGAUUUUCAGACAUGGAUUAAAAAAUUUGGCGAUAUUGCAACCCCGACGUGGUCCGUCGCCUUGGCUGCUAAUAUGCGCUCCAAAUUUAUUAGGCGCGAUUGAUUCUCCAGCUGAUAUCGUAACACUAUCCGAGGACAAAACUGUCAUUCUUGAGUUAAAUGUUAUGAGGCAUCAACCUCAACCUAGCUGGCCGCAGUUGAUGAAAGUAAUAUCGAUGAACAAUUACGUCGUGGCGAAGAUGUUGCUGAAGACUUUAGUACGUCAAAACGUGGGCUUCACGUGUGUCGACGAUAGUGACGCAAUUGAUAAAUCAAAGAAAGACGAUAAAAGUUGCGGCGGCUUUUUAUGCAACGGCUCGGCGUGUAAUAAAUCACUUAAAUUAACUUCAGCCUUGGCAUUAUAUAGCUUAUUUCAUAUAUUGGUGAUAACCGUUAACGAACCAGAGCAAGUAAUUAUACCGGCGUUGAAGCAGGAUGCAAACUGGUCCAAUUAUCUGGACAGACAACAGGUCUGGAAUCAGUCGAGGCCUCCCUGGCUUAACGCGUUGGUAAAACCACUCAAGACCAUGAUGCAGCCGGUAGUCGAGAUGCUUUUGGAAGCUGCGAAAACAGGCGCCAGCAUAUAUCAAGCUAUGUCUCUAGCAAUUGGAUGCUUCGCCGAAUUGUACGUGACGGUCUCAACUCCUAUUUUGCGUGCUGCGUUUACCAUUAACGAUAACAUUCCCGCGCAUUGUCGGCCGAUUGGCGGAAACGUUUUGCUUCAAGUAUUGUGUACCGCUUUGUAUUCCACUCUCCUGGAUGUAUCUGCGAAGAACAAAGACGAACCUCAAGGUGCACCAAGCUUCGAAGACACAAACUGCGAGUUGAGCCCUUUCAAUCCGUACGACAGAUCGACAGCCGCCACGGCGCUCGCCGAAGCGAUUUGCAGCAUCGAUGAGGACAAUAAACAUACGGCGCAAAUAGACUCCUUUUUGCUCCUUAUAAAAAACAGCCUCGGAAGAGAAGAUCAGAAUGCGAGAAACAACGAGUUACAAAACAUGAUGUGUGUUAUCGAGACGUAUACGGACGAAUUGUUGUUUACGAAUACUGGACGGCGUUCCUUAAAAAUUACACACGAAUAUAUUAUUCGGGCGUCUGAUUGGAUACUAAAUAAUUUACAUUGCGAUGAAAAGAAUAGACAGACAGAUUUGUUUAAUUUGCCGGAAGUCUCGCCCAUCAUAAAACCUCUCACACAUAUAAUGUUUCAUAUCGAGGACGCGUGCUUCGAUCAAUUUAUGGCUAAUUACGAGGCGACAAAUUGGUCGAGAGUCUUAAUGAUGCCUUUGUCGAUUACUCUAGAGCGUGUACGAAGUCAAGUUCUUUUAAGACCGGAAUUAAAAAAUGUCGGAGAUCUUAAUCACGAAGAUAAAGAAGCGGUGCAAUCGAUCAAAAGACUCUGCUCGUUUGUCAGGUUUAGAUCUCAAUUAAUCAAUGGAAUAUUUCUUCAAUAAAAUAAUGCUGCAAAAUGUAAAGAUGUUUUCGUUCUUACGAGACUUUUUUCUGGCAUUAAUGAUUUUUGAAGAAAUGCAAUAAAAUAAUUUGUUGGUUUUGCAUUUUGCAUAGUGUAUUCAGCAAUGACGAUUAUACAAUUUCUUCAGUGAAACUCAUUCUCAGUGCAAACUAUUCGCAGCGUCGAAAGUUUUCAAUUCUGAUUUUAUUGGGGCGUCUAAUUCUUGAGCUCACGGGCUUUUUAAUUUAAUUAGAGCAGGAGAAAAUCGCUUUAAUGACGUGGCUUAAGUGUUUCCUUAGCCCUUCCUGUGUUUAUAUCACUACCGCUACGAGCGUGAAAAUUUAUCCGCGUCAAAAUUGCUA